CUACAUUUUUUCCUAUUCAUUUUAUAAUCUAUAAUUAUUAGUUCUAUAUUGUCUAUUAACUUAUGUGAAGCGAGUGUGUUCGCUGCCAUUUUCUCUCAACUGAUCUUUAUUGGAAAAUAAAUUAAAUACCAAAAAGGUGUGUGCGUAUCCUACAAACUGCCGCAGGUUAUGCGAAGAGGCUUGUAUAAGUAUGACCUCGUAUCGCAACGAGGUGGGUGCGUGGGACGGCGGGCCGCCCGGCGCCGAGGGGGACUACGCCCCGCCGCACCCGCCGCCGCUUGCUGCGCCCAUGCCCACCACAGAUCCAUGGACUGGGGUCAGCUACAGUCAGUACCCGCCCCAGUACGACUACCAAGCCUACGGUGCCUCACAAUAUGGUUAUAGUUACGAUUCUUCCGCCUACUAUCAAGGGGCAGAUGGUUAUUAUGAUGCUACUAGAGCUAAUUAUCAUACACAAUAUCAAAGUGGCUAUGAUUAUCCUAAGUCUCAUGAGCGACCCGAAUCUUCGGUCGAUACUAGAAGCUAUAAUCGUCGAAGACAUUCUCAUCGUUCAAAGUCUAGAAGUGUUUCACCUUAUAAUAGACGUGAUAGGGAGUAUUCUAGGAAACGGGAAAGUAGCUAUGAAAGACAUUCAAAGAGUAGGUCUAUAUCAAGGCGUAAAUAUACACCAAGUGACAGAUCUUCUUCAAGAUCGAAAUCAAAAUCGUAUUCAAGGUCUCCAGCCAAGGAAAAGAGACGCUCGGCUUCAUCUGAAUCAUAUACAUCAAAAAAAUCUUAUAGGAGUAAGAGUGGGAGUGACAGGUCAUUGACUCCCCCUAUGAAAAGAAAAUUGUCACAUUCUUCAAAUCAUUCAAGCUCAAGGAGCAGUGCAAGAAGAUCUAGAAGUGUAUCUCCUCGAAGUAAAACCGAAAGGCAUAGGUCCCGAAGCAAGUCUCCAAUUUCAAAGGAUAAAAAUGGGUCAACAAGCAAAGAAAGAAAAGGCAAAGAUAAGAAGCAAAGAGAUGACUAUACACCACCUAGGCGCAUCACACAGUCACCCUCGCCAAAACCACGUAUAAAAGUUGAAAGGGCGUCAGUAACACCACCAAAAAAGAAGAACAAAGAACACAGAUGUCUUACACCUAAAAAACAUAGAGAUAGUUCUAUAACACCACCGCGUUGUUACGCAAGAAGUUCUUCUAGAUCAAAGUCGAGAUCCUCGCGAUCAAUCACGCCGAAACCGAAAGAAAGAUCACGUACAAAGUCACGGCGCCGGUCGUCGUCAAAUUCGAGUGAAUCGUAUGCUUCCCCAAAACGCUCCAGAUCAAUAUCUAAAAAGCGUUCGAAACGUAAAAGUCCAUCUAAAGAUAGCUCUCGUAGUAGAAGCCGUUCUAGAGAUCGUCGAAGGAAUAAAAGUCCAUCAAAGUCACGUCGAUGGUCAGCCACUAAGAGCAGGCGCACCAGGAGCAGAUCCAGAAAAUCACGAUCAAGAUCACAUAGUUCUCAUUCCAGAAGCAGGAGUGGUACUAAAACCCCGAGCGAAGAUGAACGACGCGGACAAUUCACAGUGGCAGAUAGGAAACGCUACUGGAAACUGCACAGAAGUAAGCAGGAACAAAGAAGAGCUGAGAAGACUCCAAGUAAAGAAAUUAAACCUCCUCCAGGAGCCAUUGAAUCUACUAAAGUAGAUGACAUAGAAUAUGGUGACCCACCAGAGGUAGAAGGGCCUAAUUUUGCAGAAUUACUUCCCCCACCUGACCAAUUUGCUGUGGGACCCUCCAAUUCAAAAACAAAUAAGCCACCAUUGCCAAUACCAAUCAAAAAUGAUGGAAGCUUUUUAGAAAUGUUCAAAAAAAUGCAAGAAGAAACAAAGAAAGUGGAAGAAGUUAAAAAAGUGGAAAUUAAAAAACCAACCCUUCCCUUCAUAGGAAAGAGGCGUGGUGGAAGAGUUCUCAAGACUGGAUUAGUGAAAAAAGCGAAAGCUAUUGACGAGCAAACAGUAGACAAUACACCUAAAGAUGCAUGGUCUCUUUACAUGCAAGAAGUCAAGAAAUAUAGAGAGACGUCUUGUGAAGAAGAGCGUAAAACGAGACCUCUGGUCAAAUAGUUUUAUUUAAGAAUAUAAUUAUGACUUGCAUAACAUUGUAAUUGUUAUUAUUUUUUUAAUAUCAUUUGCAUUAAUUGUAACCUUUGUCAGUGUGAUUUCUUUGCUGUAACAAAAGAAACCUUAAUAAAGUAUAAUGAGUAUGACUA